AUGAAGCGUAUCAGAAAUGAAAGAUCAAACAAAGGCUACGAGAGUUUAUUCGAGAAAUCCCCAGAAGAGCUCAACUUAGCUCAAGCAAUUCAGGCAAAACAUGCUGGUGAAGAGUUAAAGAAGAAAAUUGAUCAUCUACACUAUCAACAUAUCCAUCAAACAAUCACCCCUCGUGGAAAUUACCAUGUCGGAAGUUCUAGCAAUGUUGCUCCGGGUGCUGGCCCUCAUGGUGGUAAUAUCUACCCCAACCACAACUUGUUUGAUCAAAACAGAAUGAUGGGUACAAAUCCAAACAUGAUUGCUCCUAAUCAUACGCUGCCAUUUGGAUAUAAUCAUAAUGACAACAAUGUUUCUGAAAGGUUUGUUUCAGAUGGUGCUAUGAAUCGUACACCGUGGUACAACCAUAGCCAGAUCCAAAACCAGGGGUUUGAGCAAGGCCAUCCUCAUCUCGGGCCUCGUUACCAUUAG